UACCGCUGCUCGCGUUCUUCAAAAAAAAAAAAAAAAAAUGUCCGUGUCUGCCGCGUCGCUGCGCCAUCGCGCGCCGGCCACAGCAGCAACCAACACCGGACCGUCACUGGGCAAUCAGGACGCAUCGUCCAAGUCCGAUGAUCCGCGUGGUGAGAAGGGGAAUCGCACGAACGCAGCCGAGCAUCAUCAGCGGCUUCCCGCCAUUGCCGCCGUGUCGCCGUUCCUAGUUCUGGCCAUGCUGUUUGUCGUGACGGCCAUUGGAGGAUGGACGUACACGCGUCUGCCUGAGCCCAAAUCAGCGGCGAUUCCAGCAAGCGAUUUCUCAGAAGCUCGAGCAAGGCAACAUCUGCACGCAAUCACGUCGUUUGGAGUUCGAACCGUCGGAACACGGGCAAACGAGGAACUCACACCAAAGUACAUUCUGGAUCAACUUGCAAGCAUGAAGGCAACCGCGGAUGCCAAGGAGGAUUUCCUCGUUGAAAUUGAGGUGCAGCGGCCGUCUGGAGUCUUCCCGCUGGCCUUCCUCGGCGGGUUUACCAACGCCUACCAGAACGUGACGAACGUGCUCAUGCGGAUUUCGUCCAAAUCCCGCCCAGCGUCGCGGGACAGCGCCUUCCUCGUGUCGGCGCACUUUGACUCGUCGCUGGGCACGGUGGGCGCUUCGGACGAUGCCGUGAGCAUUGCGACUGCGAUGGAGUUGGCGUCCAAUCUCUGCGCGCUGCCGUCCCCGCCGCGCCACAACGCCAUCAUUUUCAUUUUCAACGGCGCAGAAGAGACCAUCUUGCAAGCGGCCCAUGGCUUUAUCACCCAACACCCGUGGGCAAAGACCAUCGUCGCGUUCUUGAACAUGGAGGCAGCAGGCGCGGGCGGGCGCGAGCUUGUCUUCCAAACUGGACCCAAGAACGCGUGGCUCGCGCGUGCCUAUGUCCGCGCCAGCCCAUACCCUUACGCCUCGGUCAUUGGCCAAGAAAUCUUCCAAAGCGGUGUUGUGCCCUCGGACACGGACUUUCGCGUGUAUCGCGAUUUCGGCAACAUUCCCGGCCUGGACAUGGCGCGCACCGCGAACGGCUACGUCUACCACACAGCCUUGGAUGACGAGGCACAUGUCACGGAAGGCUGCAUCCAACGUUGCGGCGAGAACGUGUUGGCCACGUUGCUCGACUUGCUGCACUACAACGGGGAUGUUGUUGGCGAAUCUGCAUCCUCGACCACUGUCUCCCCACUGAUGGCUGCCAUUCAAGCCGAAGCUGACGUUGUGCCGGUAUUUUUCGACAUUCUUGGCCUCUUUGCGGUCGUCUACUCGCAUUCGCUGGGCGUGGCGUUGAACGGAGCGACCGCAUUCAUUGCCAUUGUCUGUCUGGUCUUGUGGAAGCGCUCCGCCAGUGGCCGCCGCUCUGACAUCCUGUACAGUGUCGGCACGCAUUUCCGAGCACUCGGCAUGGCGACUCUGGUCCCCAGCUUGAUUGGCGUUGUGCUCGCUUUCGGCCUGGGUUUGCCAAUGACCUACUACGGCAGCCCCGCGAUGGUGUCUGGCCUGUAUGUGGCUCCAGCGCUCGCCACGCUCAUUCGGACGCAUCUUUCGAGGGGCUCGGCGCGAGGCAAGGUGGUAGGGGCUGCAGAACUCGAGUUGGAGACCUUUAUGGGCGCCACCACCAUCCACGUCGCCGUGCUGUCCCUGAUGACUGCGCUCGGACUGGGCAGCGCCUAUCUUCUCUUGUUUUGGGUCGUCUUCCCUGUGGCAGGCCGUCUUGUGGGCGCCAUGUUGGUACGCGCGCGCGUCGCCUCCACGUCCUCUGCGCCCCGGCAAGUCUCGGCUGCAGACACGCUGGUUUGGCUGGCCCGUCUGCUCGGCUACUCUUUGGCUGCCCUCGUCUCGUCGCACUUGAUUAUUGAGCUGUUUGAGUUUUUCAUUCCCAUCACCGGGCGCAGUGGAUCCGUGUUGCCUGGCGACGCCUUUAUUGGCGGAUUGGCCGGCCUGUUUGUCGGCUGGCUCUCCAUCUCCUUGAUCAGCGUUGUGCAUGGGUUUUCCCACCCUCGCCGCGUGGAGCGGGCCUUGUGGGUUGUGACUGUGGUGGCUGUUGUUGCCGCGUGCACGCUCUGCCACCCGUAUCACGAGCAGCACCCCAAGCGCCUCUUUGUCCAGCAUGUCCAGCGUCGCAUGCACGAUGCCACCGGCAGCCUCGUCAGCGAGGAUGACAAGCUUUGGUUGAUUCCAUUCGAUGCCACUGGCCUGUAUCCGCUGACCCCGUUCCAACCGUCCCUCUUGCACAAACUCACGGGCCAUGAGCUGCCCGUGUUGAAGCCCUUCCGCCCCGACAACCCACAGCAACGGCAGGUGCAUCGCGACAUGUUUGAAGUGGCCGCGCACCAAGUCACCAUUCCGCAGAAUGUCGACUUUGUCUACGGAGGCCUGCCGUGGUAUUUGCCAGUGCGCGAGCUUGUGACCAACACUUUCGCCAUCCAUGCGGAUGUCGUUCGCCAGCGGCUCCUCACCAAGGAGCAAGUGGCUGCCGAAGCCGCCACCAAGAGCGCCACACACCGUUUUCUCGAUCACCAGGUGACAGUGAAAGAGAGCAAGGUGGAUGAGGCCACUCGUCGGCGCACAGUCUCGUUUCAGGUGACGGGACCCGACCACAUGACACUGUAUCUCCAAGCAGUCCGCCCAUCGACGGCGCCCGAAAGCGCGCUGCCGAGCAUCACGGCCUGGUCGUUCCUCAACCAAAGCGUUCCUGUGCAUUUUGCCGACAGCGAGGGUUCGUACUUUAUCUUCCUGGCCACUGGUUCUCCAGGUCUGACGAGCUGGGAUGUGACUGUCGAGCUCAGUGAUGCAAGUGCGCAGCUCGCCAUUGCCGCAGCCAGCCACUACCUCGAGGAGACGACGGUCGUCGCUGGAGCCAUCGUUCGACUCCUUCCCAGCUAUGUUGCCGCCAUUUCGUGGUAUUCCACGUACAGUUCUUUUGUUGUUUCAUGAAAAGGGGGUUUUGAUUGAUUGAUUGAUUGAUGAUGACGAUGAUUUGGAAUUGUACUGAACAGUCAAUCACAAUGAAGGCUUUGAAAAACUCU